CGAAAUAAAUUCACGAGAAAGCCACGCAUUUCAAUGUAUGCCACCUUUUAUAAAAAUAUUUUUUUAUUUUUAGAAAUAAACAAGGAGAAAGAUGGAGGAGACCGAAGACAGAGAGGACAUCAGAAGCCAAAGUCAAAGGCCUUAUUCGGAAAUGCAGCGAUGAUGAGCCCUCUGUGUUGAGCAAGAAGAAGGUGAGAGGACCUCUGUGCUCUUGGUCUCCGGCCCAGACAGGCACAGCAAUGGGGACUAUAACACAGUGCAUUGCAGAACCCCUUUGGGUGCCCGAGGAGGAGCCGUCUGAGGAUGACUGUAAACAGUGUAGCCGCAAAACACAGGACUGCCCAUUUCUGCCUGUUGCUGUACCCGUUCCUGCCAGUGGCAACUCGAAGCAGUUCUUCCAUCCCUCUGAGUGGAGUAGCAGCCCCUUUCCUCUGAGACCCCUCUCUCCUUUCUCUACUGCUGCUUCACCUCUUGGCUCGGGGCAUUUUGUCUUUCAGGGAAGAGUUUGCGCAGUCACCUGCCCCAAAGGAGGGGAGAAGAAGGGCACCCGUGGAACUGGCUCCAAAGGCCCCUCCAAACAGACAGAGGCCCUGACGACUAGGCGCUCUGGCCGCCACAGCAGGGCUGAGGAACAAGCUCCUACACAAGACCCUGCAUCUUCGCAGUCCCACUCUUCAGAUUCCGACACUUCCACAAACCCACCUACGAAAGCGGGCAAAAGCACUGCAGCCGCUGGUAAGAAGGGCAAACGGGCAGCUCAGCGAAAGCCCAGCGCCAAGAAGAAAGCCCCAGCCAGAAAAAAGGCCUCCAAAGUUGUCCUCAGUAGCCCAUCAGGAAGUGAGGAAGCCAAUGAGGAAGAGGAGGAAUUAGAACAGCAGAGGAAAGAGGUAGAGGAAAGUGAGCAGCUCUCAGACACUGCAGUGAGCCCACAGGCUGUGCAGCGCAGCUCCAGCCCUACUGAGGAGGAAGCCAGUCCCGAACCGUCUGCUUGUGAAGCCCUGAAGGACACUGAGGACCAGCCAUGUAAAGAUUAUGAUCUUUCUGAGGAAGAGAAACGGGGGAAGGAGGAAGAGGAGGAUGGUGAGGAAGAGGACCAGAAGUCACCGUCGUCAGAUGUAGAGCUGAAUACCCCUGGGCUCCAGGACCAAAUAGACCAAAUAGAAGACCCAGAGAAAAGCAACUCACCCACCUCUUCCAACUCACCAGAGAGACCAUUGGAGAGCCCCCAGUCUGGGCAGUCAGGACAACUUGGGGAGGAAGAUGCUGACACCAUGGAAGCCACUGCUGAUCCAACAGAAGUGAAAUCAGAUGAUGAAGCCUCAGUGGAGGAAGAGAAAGCAGAGGCCUCUCCCUGCCCCAUUGCAGAGCCUGAAUCUUGCUCUGGCUCUGCUCGCUGUGACUCUCCAGAUGGGAAUACGUCCCAGAAAGUUCAAGGCACCUCAGAAGCAAAGGUGUCUGAGGAGGACAGGCCGCAUGAUCAAAAGGAUGUCACAAAUGAGAAAUCAGCAGCCAGCAGCAAAGAGGACGGUCUGUCUGAGGAUGACACAGAAGCUAUACCGAUGGACUGUGAUUCACCCAGCAGUGAGCGCAGCACCAACCUGGCCUCAGAUCCACAAAAGGAGACUGAAAGUACAGCUCACGAGUCCACAAGCCAGGCCCCUGAAGACGAGAGGAAUGGUAGCAGGCAGGAGCGGGAGAGCUCGGUCGGAGAGGAAAAGGUAGAGGAAAGGAAGAAUGGCAGGCAGCGGAAGUCGCGCUUCCACUCUGCCGCCACCACUUGGUCUCCCAAGAGAGAGUCGAAGCAGGACUCGUCAAGGAGGUCGCGCUCCAGAUCUCGGGAGCGCAACAGAGAGCGUCAGGCCUCGGGCAGCCCCCCCUCCAGCCGCAGCAGGGAACGGGACGCUCUCAGGACGGACCGUAGCCGUGACUGUAGCCGUGAGAGGAAAAACAGGAAGCGCUCUAAGAGCCGUUCCAGAUCUCGCUCCAGGUCCAGAAACAGGUCCUACCGAAGAGGGUCGUCCCCGGAGCGCCCUGACUCAGGGGGACAGUCACCACGGAAGAGGGAUCGCUGGACUGGAGAUGGAUGGAGGGCUGGGCCGGGUAGCGACUCCUCUCGAAGGAAUUUCCCAGAGAGGCCGGCAAGAGAUUCGGGCCGCUCUGAAAACGGUGGCUUUGCAGAGGUUUCCCCCAGCAGGGAAAAUCCUGACUGGGUUAUGGAGAAGGCGCGCGCUGAUACAGAGGCCAGGGUGACAAGUGGCCCUCGCUGGGAAGAUAAAGGCUGGGGCGCAGAUCGUGGACGAGGCACAGGACGAGGCCGGGGUGCCUACGGAACCUCCAAUCAACAGGGGGAGCAGGCAGAAAACCGCUGGCAGCCCAGAAACGCAUUCUCAGGGUCCUCAAACAAUUCAGGGAGUGACGCGUACAGCCGAUUCAACGAGAACCGGGGCGGCCGCAGGAAGGAGCCUGAGAUGGGCGAAUCGAUGAUGGACCGCUCCGGCUGGUCAUCAGCUUCCAGCUGGGCUGUGCGGAGGACACUCCCAGCAGACGUGCAGAACUAUUACUCCAGGAGAGAUCGAGGGGGAGGUGCAGGCUCUGGCAGCUGGAGCAGGCAGGAGGAGACGUCAACAGCAGACCCACCUCAGAGUGAGCCAAAUGCCCAUGGAGAAGCUCCACCCGCCCUGAAUGUCAUGCCUCCCCAACUGAACGUCCUGCAUUACCCAAUGGGCCCACGAGGCCCACCUGUCAGCCUGCAACCACCCCCCUUCGGGAUGCCUCCUCAGGUCCCCAUGCACCUCCACUCCUCAGUGCCUCUCCUGCAGGUCCCUGUGACAGCUGCCCAGGGCCUCCCGCCACCACCUCCACCACCACCUCCCAUGCAGCAGGGCAGCAUGACAGCCAUACAGGCAGAUAGCCGCACAACACAGAUGAUGAGCAGCAUGGCAGUCCAUGGCAAAGCCCCCUUCAUGCCCACCAUGACCAAAGUAGGUGGCGCCACCACAGCCCAGGCCUACAGCAUGGCCAUGCCAUCCUCCACCACCCAGCACAGCAGGGCCGCCCACCCAGACAGCUCCAAGAAAGAAAAGGUAAUGUCACCGCCACUAAUAACAGCCACAGCACCAGGCAUUGUUCAAAUCAAAUGUUAUUGGUCACAUGCAGAUGUUAUUGCGGGUGUAGCGAAAUGCUUGUGCUUCUAGCUCUGAC